AUGGAGAUUCGAGUACGGCAUCUGGCCUUCGCAGCCAUCCUCUGCACUGUUUGUGAGUUUCGAACACUUUCAAGGCAAUAAGCCAAUCUCUUUUUUGUAGGCUACUUUGCCAAUGGACAAGGACUCAACGACCCGAUCACACAGUACAUCGAGGGACGAUUAGGAAACAGACGGAUCUUCUGGUGUCCGAGUGGAUACGGUACGUGCGCUCCUUUCUGAAUUCAUAACCAAACUGUUCGUUUCCAGGAUACUUGGCCUUCUGUCCUCAGCCCACCGACUGGGACAACUACAACUGGUGCUGCACAUUCCCCUACAUGGGAUCCUGGAAGCCCUCGUGCUGCCAGUUCGCCAUUCCGACUGGUGCCGUUGUUGCCAUCAUUCUGGCCGCGAUUGUCCUUCUCUUCGGUGAGCAUUUCUGUCCUUCGGCUCGUUUCCAACCGCUAUCCCAUUUUUUAGUGCUCAUCGGAAUGUCGUGCUGGUGUUGCUGGUGCUGUCCGCUCUACAAACAGUUGUACGAUUUCGAGGACGAGUAG